CACAUGUAAAUCUCUGGAUUGUGAUUGGCUUUGUACCGUCGUCAUGUGAGCAGUCCUUGUGAAUUGGAGGAAGCGUGUGCAGAAAAGUCAUGAGCAGAGCAGCAAGGACCAGGAAUGUUAUAAAACAGGAGCGACAGGAGUGUGCAGAUGACAGCGACAGGCCAGGUGUUCACACUGUACCAUGCUCCUCCGGACUCUCUAAGAUGCUCUGCUUCCACAUUCAGCUUCUAUAAUAGUGAAAUCUGCAAAGAAUUGAAGGAAUGCAGGCGCUGAUCAUUCUCCACUUUAUAUUUCACGUUGUGGAGGACUGUAUGCUACUGCAGUGCGACGGUGGCGAAGAAUUUAUAAAGAGCGAUAUUAAACGUAAAAAAUCAUGGCAACAGCAGAGAAGCAGAAAUGUAUGGGCUGUUCUGGAUCCUGUGUUGAGUACUUGACGUCCCCAAAGUUUCUAAUUUAUCUUGGACACUCUCUGUCGACCUGGGGGGAUCGUAUGUGGAAUUUUGCUGUGUCUCUCUUCCUAGUAGAGCUGUAUGGAAACAGUUUACUUCUGACUGCCAUCUAUGGGCUUGUGGCAGCCGGCUCUGUUCUCCUGCUUGGAGCCAUCAUUGGAGCGUGGGUGGACAAAAACCCCAGGCUGAAAGUAGCCCGGAUUUCGCUGGCUGUGCAGAACAUCUCUGUAAUGAUCUGUGGCAUCGUUUUGAUGGUGGUCUUCCUGUACAAGGCUGAACUGUUAUCCAUGUAUCAAGGAUGGCUAUUGAUUUUGUGCUACGUCCUCGUCAUCUCAAUAGCAGAUGUUGCCAAUCUAGCAAGUACGGCCAUGUCUAUCACCAUUCAGAGGGACUGGGUUGUUGUGGUUGCCGAAGGUGACAAAAACCAACUAGCAGAUAUGAAUGCUACAAUGAGGCGGAUUGACCAGCUGACAAACAUCCUGGCUCCCAUGGCUGUUGGACAGAUUGUAACUUUUGGUUCUUCGGUGAUUUGUUGUGCCUUCAUUGCUGCGUGGAACCUUGCAUCUAUGUGCAUAGAGUACCUGGUGCUAUUGAAGGUCUACCAGAAGACACCAGCUUUGGCUCAUAAGGCGGGAAGGAAGAAGGAACAAGAACUGAAACAGCUGAAUGUCAAUGGCGUUGAUUCAACCUCAAGCAACCAUGGGAACCCUACAGAAGAUGAGCACCUUAUGGCAGAAAAAGCCGAGUUAUCAAUUGAAAAGACUGUAGAGCCAGGCUGCUUUCACAGAAUGACAGAACCAUUCCUCAUAUUACGGGAUGGCUGGGUGGCCUACUAUAGGCAGCCAGUGUUUUGGGCUGGAAUGGGUCUAGCCUUCCUCUACAUGACUGUCCUCGGAUUUGACAGCAUUACGACCGGCUAUGCCUACACACAAGGGCUGAGUGCCUUCAUUCUCAGCCUUCUUAUGGGAGCAUCUGCUGUUUUUGGUAUAAUGGGAACUGUGGCCUUCACCUGGUUGAGGCGGGUAUGUGGCCUGGUUCAUACCGGCUUUAUAUGUGGAAUAGCCCAGCUUUGUAGCCUUGUACUUUGUGUGGUGUCAGUCUUUAUGCCUGGAAGUCCAUUUGAUCUUAAUGUUUCUCCAUAUGAAAAUCUUGGAACUCAUUUAUUUGGGGGACAGACAGUUUCCACAGUGUCUUCAGCUAUUGUGCAUCAAGAGAACUUCACAGGCACUAUACAGAGUCUAUGGAAUAACUUCAACACAACUACCACCCAACCUCAUGAUGUCUCCAUCCCGUUGACCUCUGUCAGUCUGCUCUUUGCUGGGAUCAUUACAAGCAGAGUUGGACUUUGGUCAUUUGACCUCACAAUCAUACAACUACUUCAGGAAAAUGUGAUGGAAUCUGAAAGAGGCACCAUAAAUGGCGUCCAGAACUCCAUGAAUAACCUGUUGGAUCUGCUGCAUUUCAUCAUGGUGAUCCUAGGACCCAACCCAGAGGCUUUUGGCCUCAUUGUUCUCAUUUCAGUUUUCUUCACAGUUAUGGGUCACAUGAUGUAUUUUCGUUUUGCUUACAAAAACAUAGGAAGACAACUGUUCUCUUGCUCUUCCUCUGACCCUAGACCAGUUCCAAGCAAUCAACAACAUAUGGAUACCUCUGCUGUUUAACAGGCUCGCCGAUUUUGGUCCGCUUCUGGUAUUGCACUGUCAGAAGGGAGUCUUUCGGAAUCCUCCUCCCAAGAUUUCCUGGACAUUAUAAAAUGUUCUCUGGCUGGGAUUCCCUCAGACUCAAAUGGUGAAGGCUGCUCCCGGCCAGGGGCAGACUGACAACUCGUGGGGCCCCCCGGGCAAUAGGAGAUUAUGGGGCCCCCCGGGCA